ACCACUACCACCAUUCACAUCCAUGGAAUCCAAUGAACCUAAGAAGUAACAAUUCACAAAUAUUUUUCUUCCUCAAGCUCAACGGUAUCUGUUCUUCAGAGUUGCAGAGAGUCCCCUUCAUCCCUUGUUACCUACAAACUUUUCUUCAGAGUUGCAGAGUUUCCCCUUCAUCCCUUGUUACCUACAAACACAAACAUGACUGGUUUUGUCGGAGAAGCUGUUUUGUCUGGUUUCAUCCAGAAGCUGGUUGACAUGGUCACCUCCCCGGAGCUGUGGAAGUAUGCACGUAAAGAGCAAGUUGAUUCUGAGCUGAAAAGGUGGAAGAAUAUAUUGAUAAAGAUCUAUGUAGUGCUCAAUGACGCAGAAGAGAAGCAGAUGACAAACCCUCUGGUCAAAAUAUGGCUGGACGAGCUUAGAGACUUGGGUUACGAUGUGGAGGACAUCUUGGACGACUUCGCCACCGAAGCUUUGCGAAGCAGCUUGAUCAUGGCUCAACCCCAACAAGGCACUAGUAAGGUGCGAGGCAUGCUCUCUUCUCUCAUUCCGAGUGCUUCUACGUCUAAUUCUAGUAUGCGUUCCAAGAUUGAGGAGAUCACUGCAAGAUUACAAGAUAUUUCAGCCCAAAAGAAUGACCUGGAUUUACGAGAGAUUGCUGGAGGGUGGUGGUCUGAUAGAAAGAGAAAGCGAGCACAGAUUCUGCCCACCACUUCUCUGGUGGUUGAAUCCGAUGUUUAUGGUAGGGAAACAGAUAAAGCGGCCAUAGUUGACAUGUUACUCAAGCACGAUCCAAGUAGUGAUGAUGAAGUCUCCGUAAUUCCAAUUGUCGGUAUGGGAGGUAUCGGCAAAACUACUCUGGCUCAGCUUGCCUUCAAUGAUGAUGAAGUGAAGGGCCGUUUUGAUUUGAGAGCAUGGGUCUGUGUUUCUGAUGACUUUGACGUUUCGAGAAUAACCAAGACCAUUCUACAAUCUGUUGAUCCGGGUACUCAUGAUGUCAAUGAUCUCAAUUUGCUUCAGGUCAUAUUGAAGGAGAAAUUUUCUGGGAAGAAGUUUCUUCUUGUGCUAGACGAUGUUUGGAAUGAGAAUUGUCAUGAAUGGGAUACUUUGUGCAUGCCAAUGAGAGCUGGGGCACCCGGUAGUAAACUCAUCGUGACAACCCGUAAUGAAGGUGUCGCAGCAGUUACCAGAACUUGUCCAGCUUAUCCCCUACGGGAGUUAUCAAACAACGAUUGUUUGUCUUUAUUCACUCAGCAAGCAUUGAGGACAAGAAACUUUGAUGCCCAUCCACACUUGAAAGAAGUCGGUGAGGAAAUAGUGAGAAUGUGCAAAGGCUUGCCUUUGGCUGCGAAGGCACUCGGUGGCAUGUUGCGCAACCAACUAAGUCGCGAUGCAUGGGCAAAUAUAUUAACAAGCAGGAUAUGGGAGUUACCGGAAGAUAAAAGCCAUAUUCUUCCCGCUCUCAUGUUAAGCUACCAUCAUCUCCCUUCUCAUUUGAAGCAGUGUUUUGCAUAUUGCUCCAUGUUUCCAAAGGACUAUGAAUUCGACAAGGAUGCCUUAGUCCUCUUAUGGAUGGCAGAAGGCUUUUUGCAGAAAACGAAGGAGGCAGCUAGGCCAGAAGACUUAGGUUCUAAAUACUUCGAUGAUUUGUUCUCCAGGUCAUUUUUUCAACAUUCAAGUCAAGAUUCAUCCCAAUAUGUGAUGCAUGAUCUCACCAAUGAUCUAGCUCGGUCAGUUGCAGGAGAAAUAUACUUUCAUUUGGAUAAUGCAUGGGAGAAUAACAAACAAUCCAUCGUUUCUGAGAAGACUCGUCAUUCAUCAUUCAAUCGUCAAGAGCAUGAGACACAGAGAAAAUUUGAACCCUUUCACAAGGUGAAGUGUUUGAGAACAUUGGUUGCACUACCCAUGAACCCAGUUUAUGACUGUAACUUCAUAUCAAGUAAGGUGUUAGAUGACCUUUUAAAGGAAGUGAAAUAUUUACGGGUAUUAUCUUUAAGUGGCUACGAAAUAUAUGAGUUACCGGAUUCAAUUGCCAAUCUUAAAUAUUUGCGGUAUCUCAAUUUGUCCUGUUCUUCCAUAAGAAGGUUACCUGAUUCAGUAUGCCAUCUCUACAACUUACAAGCACUAAUAUUAUCUUAUUGCGGAAAACUUACGAUGUUGCCUGUGGGAAUUGGAAACCUAAUCAACCUUCGACACCUUCAUAUCUCUGAUACAUCAAAAUUACAAGAAAUGCCUUCUCAAAUCGGAAACCUAACAAAUCUACAAACCUUAUCUAAGUUUAUUGUGGGUGAAGGCAAUGGCUUGGGGAUAAGAGAAUUGAAGAAUUUGUUUGAUCUUCGAGGAGAGCUUUCAAUUUUUGGGUUGCACAAUGUGAUGAAUAUUCGAGAUGGAAGGGAUGCCAAAUUAGAGAGUAAGCGUGGCAUUGAGGAGUUAACAAUGGAAUGGAGUGAUUACUUUGGUGCUUCACGAAAUGAAAUGCAUGAGAGGCAUGCUUUGGAGCAGCUACGACCUCAUAGAAAUCUAAAAAAGCUCACAAUUGCGUCUUAUGGUGGAUCAGAAUUCCCAAGUUGGAUGAAGGACCCAUCAUUCCCAAUAAUGACACACUUAAUUCUCAAGGACUGCAACAGAUGCACAUCAUUACCCGCGCUUGGCCAAUUAUCCUCACUCAAAGUCUUGCAUAUUAAAGGUAUGAGUAAAGUUAGAACCAUAAAUGAGGAGUUUUAUGGAGGGAUUGUGAAGCCUUUUCCAUCAUUGGAGUCUCUAAAUUUUGAGGUAAUGGCAGAAUGGGAAUACUGGUUUUGUCCUGAUGCAGUUAACGAAGGUGAAUUAUUUCCAUGUCUUCGAUUGCUUACAAUAAGAGAUUGCAGGAAGUUACAACAAUUGCCUAAUUGCCUACCUUCCCAAGUGAAACUUGACAUCUCUUGUUGUCCAAAUUUGGGAUUUGCUUCUUCAAGAUUUGCAUCUCUUGGUGAAGUAAGUUUAGAAGCACGUGAUGAGAGGGUGCGGAUAAGUGAGGUGAUAAGUGGGGUUGUCGGAGGUCUUCAUGCAGUAAUGAGAUGGAGUGAUUGGCUUGUUUUGUUGGAGGAGCAAAGGCUGCCUUGCAAUCUUAAAAUGUUGAGAAUACAAGACGAUGCUAAUCUGGAGAAGCUGCCUAAUGGAUUGCAAACUCUCACGUGUCUUGAACAGUUGGAAAUAAGGAGAUGCCCUAAACUAGAGUCAUUUCCAGAGACGGGGCUGCCACCAAUGCUAAGAAGCCUUAAGGUGAUUGGUUGUGAGAAUCUAAAAUGGUUGCCUCAUAACUACAACUCAUGUGCCCUUGAAUUCUUGGACAUUACUAGCUGUCCAUCUCUCAGAUGCUUUCCAAAUUGUGAGCUACCAACCACACUCAAGAGUUUAUGGAUUGAAGAUUGUGAAAAUCUAGAGUCUUUACCAGAGGGAAUGAUGCACCACGAUUCCACUUGUUGUCUUGAAGAGCUGAAAAUAAAGGGAUGCCCCAGACUGGAGUCAUUUCCCGAUACGGGUUUGCCACCAUUGCUAAGACGACUUGUGGUGAGUGAUUGCAAGGGUCUGAAAUCGCUGCCUCAUAACUACAGCUCAUGUGCCCUUGAAUCCUUGGAGAUUAGAUAUUGUCCAUCUCUCCGAUGCUUUCCAAAUGGUAAGCUACCAACCACACUUAAAAGUGUAUGGAUUGAAGAUUGUGAAAAUCUAGAGUCUUUACCAGAGGGAAUGAUGCACCACGAUUCCACUUGUUGUCUUGAAGAGCUGAAAAUAAAGGGAUGCCCCAGACUGGAGUCAUUUCCCGAUACGGGUUUGCCACCAUUGCUAAGACGACUUGUGGUGAGUGAUUGCGACGGUCUGAAAUCGCUGCCGCAUAACUACAGCUCAUGUGCCCUUGAAUCCUUGGAGAUUAGAUAUUGUUCAUCUCUCAAGUCCUUUUCAACAAGGGAGUUACCCUCCACCCUUAAGAAACUUGAGAUUUGCGGGUGCCCCGACUUGGAGUCCAUGUCAGAGAACAUGUGCCCCAACAAUUCAGCUCUUGACAAUUUAGUCCUUGAGGAUAAUCCAAAUCUGAAAAUCCUACCAGAAUGCCUUCACAGCCUCAAGAGUCUCCAAAUAAUUGACUGUGAUGGUCUGGAGUGCUUUCCAGCAAGAGGCUUGUCCACCCCCACCCUCACAAGCCUUCUAAUUGAGGGAUGUGAGAAUCUGAAAUCCCUGCCACAUCAAAUGAGAGACCUCAAAUCUCUUAGAGAUCUUACCAUAUAUAUUUGUCCGGGAGUGGAAUCCCUUCCAGAAGAUGGUAUGCCCCCCAAUCUGAUAUCACUUGAGAUUUCUUGGUGUGAGAAUCUGAAAAAGCCCAUAUCGGCGUUCCACACCCUCACCUCUCUUUCGUCAUUGACUAUUCAGAAUGUGUUUCCAGAUAUGGUUUCCUUUUCGGAUGAAGAGUGUCUUCUUCCCAUAUCUCUCACCUCCCUCACUAUCACUGCAAUGGAAUCCCUAGCCUACCUGUCUCUCCAAAAUCUCAUCUCUCUUCGAUCCCUAGAUGUGAAAUGUUGCCCUAACCUCGGAUCCUUAGGGUCGAUGCCAGCAACACUUGAAAAACUUAAAAUCUGGGGUUGUCCUAUACUAGAAGAAAGGUACUCAAAGGAGAAAGGAGAAUAUUGGCCCAACAUUGCUCACAUUCCAUACAUUGAAAUAAAUCACGAAUAUAUCCAUUGAAGUAUAAAAGUUGAAAGUGAAAUGCAGUUUGUGGGUUGUGGAAAAGAAACAGAAGCAGAAACGCAUUCAACCCCCAGUCUCUUACAGAUGGGUCCUGCUUGACAGAAAUGUUCCAUUCCCAUGAUGAAUAGGUGAUUGCAGUCACUAGCCAAGCAGUAAAAGCCAACAAAUAGAUGUAGGAAGGGGGUAAAUGAUGAAGAUCAAAUGAAAAUUUUCCUUAUCAUAGCUGCAGCCUAUUCUCAUGCUGUUUGAUCUUAAGAAGAUAGGAGUUGGCAAUAAAACCUUCUGGUUGACUUUGUAUAUGAAUUACGGUAUCUCAAGAAAGGUGUCCAUAUAUUGGUUGGUCCCUUAACCUCCAGUUAUUAGGGCUGCCAGCAGUAUUUAGAAGGCUUAUCACAGGCUGUCUUGUUCUAAAACAAAGGUGCAUAAAGGAGAAAGGGGAGUGUUGGCCCAACAUUGUCCAUCUCCCCUGCAUGGAGAUUAACUGUGGUAACUUGAGAUUGAAGGUCAUUUCUCUAUGCUCAAACUUAGAAGGAAAAUUCAUUCAACCGUAUCCCAUCCUUACUUUUAAUCAGUGCUGUUCAUCUCAAAUGUCCCAAGCUCAGGUCAUUUUUUCAAAGGAAAUUUCCUAUUGUUAACAAGGCGUCCAAAGGAGAAAGAAGAAGAUUGAUUCAAAACUGCACGGAUCCCCUGUUCAGCUACUUCAUUGGAUAUAUGAGUUGGAACUAAAUUCUGUUUUCUGUGCACAAAAAGAGAAGAAGAUACAUUUCUUCCUUCCAUUUUUUCAUGCAGGAGGAAAAGAACAACAAAGGAAAUGAAUUUAAAAAUUUUCCAACCAAAGCUCAGCCUAUUCAAAGGGUGGUAGGUUAAUGAUGUGAACUGUAGAUGAUGUUUUUUUCUGUCUUUUCAGGUAAAUCUAAUAGUUCUCUGCUCUGGAGGUUGAUAUGCUUCAUGUUUUAUUUCAUUGUGUUUGUAUGGCCCAAGAAAUUGCAUUUUAAAUGAUCGCUAGAAUUUCAUUGAUGAUUUGAGUAGAGGUGGAUUUGGAAUGCAGUUACUGUGGAAAGUAUAAAGCAAAAUCAAUUAUAAUCAAAUUUAUUUAAAAUUUUAUAUAAAUUCUUCAUUCUUUAUAUAGAGGAUGAAAAUAUGUUUUAAGAUGAUUGGAAAUUUUAUUAACUUUAAUAUCAAGUUUUUUUCGUCAUUUUUAGUUUCCUUCAAUUUUCCCUCUAUUCUUUUCCCUUGUACUUUCUCUCAAACAUUCCAUGAUCCAAAUAGAGUCUCAUUGUUUUUAAUUUUAGAACUAUCACAAAAUUGCUCUGAAGGGAAUAGAAGGAUGUGCUUGGAAGUUUUUAGAACAGAACGUAUAUCACACUUAUUAAACAUGAAGCAAUUUAUUCAUUGAGCUGUAAACUGCCCCUUUUUUUACCAUAUUAUGGUUGGUGCAUGCAUGAUGUGCUUAACAAAUAUCCUAGCAUAGUUCCUAUCAAAAAAAAAAUAUCCUAGCAUAGUAAGAAUUGCAUGACAAUCUUUAAAGUUGUCAAUGUAAUUGUGUUACAAUGUUUAAAGUUUUUAAUUUUGAUUUUUUGUUUAGUAGCCAUUUUGGUAUCUGUAUUUAGUCCUGUGUAUGACAAUUUCCUCUAUGCUACAGAGUUCCCCUUUGGUCAGAUAGUGAGAGGCUUCAUCUUAAAUCAAUUCAACCUUAACUUUUUCAUUGGGCUUGGAUAUGAUCAAGAAUAAUUGCAGAGUGGUUAAGGAGGGAUUUCCCAUGGCAAAGAAUGGGGAAUAAGUUAAGAAUCGGGAUGAUUUUCUCACCAUAUAAGAUAAUGGGUUUGGGUACGACAAGGUUGGGGCCAUUCAACAAGGCUUAUUAGGCAACUGUCUUCAGAGAUCUGCAAUGGGGGCCAGAUUGUUGAGGAAGGAUGAGAGGAAAAUGAGGUGAAGGUUAUUUGGUGAUUUUGUGGAAAGCCAUUGAAAAUGGUUGUCAAAAACUUUAAUAAACCUACAACACAUAUGAUUGGGGUGAUAAGAGCAAGCUUAGAUUUUGGCUGGAUUUUUUGCACAGUGAUAGCAUCCUAAAUUGAAGCCUAUUCAGACUCAUUCAAAUUUGUCAUGAGAUGCAGACUGAAGCCAGAAGCAAAUUUUCUUUGAAGGAGGUAUUGGACAGUAGGGUGCAAGGAAGUUAUCACUUUCCAUGGGGAAAGCCCAUAUAAAUAGAGUUUUUGUUACUGAUAAUCAGGUGAACAGAUGAAAACUCCUCCCAAAUUGCUUUUGUUAUAUGACCAAAUUUGCUGCAAAACAGCAUAUGAGUUGGUAGUGCAUUUUUUGGUGACUGCAGGGUUAAUGGACCUUUUUGGGUGUUGUGGGUGACCUCAAACCGUACAGAAGUUGUUAUCAGGUUGCCACAGAAGAGUUGUGGCUUAGCACCAAAGGACAAUGUGGAUGACAGGUUUUCUAAGCAUUUAGUCUAGAAUGGAUGGAGAAAAAAGAGAGAAGAAAUUCUCAAGGGAAUGAGGUUUCUUUAACAUGGUAUUCAAGUUUAGACGCAUUCUGCAGGGGAGCUACAACAUGGUCUUACACCUCUGAGAAGCCCCAUAAGUACUCUUGUUGUAUUUUGGAGUUCCAUUGCUAAGAUAGGGAAAUACUAAAAAAAGUUGCUUACACACCUUUAUAUGUCUCCAAAACAUCACUUCUCUUACAGUGCCAUUCAUCUCAAAUUGCCCUAAGCUCUGGUCCUUCUGCCAAAAGCAGGGCUGCCUGCAAGAUCCUCAAUGCUUGAAAUUCUUAAACAAGGUGCCUAAAGGAGAAACAAGAAUAUAGAUCCAAGACUGUGCACAUACCCUAUAUUCAGCUACAUCACUUGUUGGACUAUAUGAGUUGGAAUUGGAUUCUACUUUCCCUGCUCAACCAUAGAAGCAGAGACCAAUAUUCCCUUCUUUUUUCAGCCAGCAUGUCGAUCUGGUCAAUGCUAUAAGCUUGUUGGACACAUUUGCAUCUUAUUGGCUUCAAACUACUUCGUAAUAUUUCUUCUCUCCCACUCCAUGCCACAAAACCCGCAUCUGCAGGUUGAUUUUGGUGGAUCUAUUAUUGUUGGGCCCCUCAGCUCCAAAGCCUCAUACCAGGAGAAGAGCCCUAUCAACUCCCUAGUCGUUGCAAUACCUUAAAGGGGAGUUGUGGGUCUUAUAAAAUAGCUCAAAAAGAUUUCCUAGUACCUCAGACAGCACCAUGGGAGAUCCCACUUGGCUAUGUGCUUCUCUUUCGUUUUGUCCAAGCCUUAUUGUACACUCCACUCUGCUUACAGAUACUUCUGCAAAUCUACUACUGUACCUUAUUCAUGGUGAUGGGUCCAUAUUAUAAUGCACUCGUAACUCGUGUUCCCCCAUGUCUUUAAUUAAUUUUCUUAUACUUUUUUUUAUUCCUGGAUGGAAAGUAGAAACUUAAAAGAGUGCAUGUAAUGAAAUGAUUGAUCAUGAUUCACAAUAAGAAGAUUUCUCCGUCAAUGCCUUUAAUAGCA